AUGCCUCUCUUCUCCAAACUUGCCACCGGCGCCGUGGGAGCCAUCCACGUCUAUAUCGUCGUCCUCGAAAUGUUCCUCUGGGACACUCCCCGUGGCCACAAGGCCUUCAAGCUGGCCCCCGACUUUGCCACCAAGACAAGAGUGUUGGCGGCCAACCAGGGCCUCUACAACGGCUUCCUGGCCGCGGGGCUCUUCUGGGGGCUCGCACAACCGGUGGAAGAGUUUGCGGCGCAGAUCAGGCUGUUCUUUUUGGGGUGUGUAGGAGUCGCCGGCGUGUAUGGCGCAGCGACGGCGAGCAGGAAGAUUCUCAGCGGUUCCGACUUUGAGGUCCAGGACGAUGACAGCCGUCCAGAAAAGCCCAGCAGGAAAAGGCCCAAGAUAGCAACGGCUUCAACGGCUUCUGGUUCUUCACGCCCAGUCAAAUUUGACAGCUCCCUCUCCAGAAGUCUCUUCGCGCAGGAAGCCAGGAAAGCGACAAAAGAGGAAACAUGUCUCCCGCCAUCGCGCCAGCACUCCAUCCUAUACCACAGACCUCUCCUCUUGGAUGAACAAGUUGGAUCUCGGGGCCGCAAGGCGCUGCUCUCGUGGUUCGACUCAGUUAGUCAAUCGCGGUCCAUGCCAUGGAGGAAAGCGUGGGUUGACCCCAAAACGAUAUCAGACCCAGCCGAGCUCCGAAAGACACUCGAAAAACGCGCGUACGAGGUCUGGAUUAGCGAAAUCAUGCUGCAGCAGACGCGCGUGGCCGUCGUCAUUGACUACUGGAGCCGCUGGAUGGCCAAGUGGCCGACAAUUCACGAUCUAGCAGCUGCAAAGCCGGAGGACGUCCUGUCCGCGUGGAGCGGGCUUGGAUACUACAGCCGCGCGACAAGGAUACAUGAAGCAGCGAAGCUGGCCGUCGGUGACCCAGACAUGGAUGGCCUUUUGCCGUCUUCUGCAAAGGAUCUCGAGGCCAAGAUACCCGGUGUUGGACGGUAUACCGCCGGCGCCAUCUCAUGCAUCGUAUUUGGCCGCGCGGAGCCAAUGGUUGACGGCAACGUGCUGCGGGUGUUGAGCAGGCAGCUAGGCAUACACGGCAAUAUCAAGACGGGCAAAGCCGUCAUCGACGCUAUCUGGGCAGCGGCGGAUGCCAUGGUGAAAGCGACUUCCGAGCUGGACAGUGUCGAUGGCGAGACGAGCUCCGAACCCAACGACAGACCGGGGCGAUGGGGUCAGGCGCUGAUGGAGCUGGGCAGCACCAUCUGCACCCUGAAUCCCAAUUGCUCCCAGUGUCCGAUUACGGCGACGUGUCGCGUUUAUAAGGAGGGCGAGCUUAAAGCCAGCAAAUCAAAGGAGAAGCCAAAGAGGAUAGCGGACAUUGAAGACGCAGCAUGCAUUCUAUGCGAACCGUUUGAGGACGGCGAACGAGACAGCGAUGACGACUCUACCCAAGACAAAAGCCGCAGCACCGGCACCAACAAGAUAGAAGCAAGGCAGGGCAAGCAAGCAACACUAGCAGCGUUUGCUUUUACGAGGAAACCCGCCAAAGGCGCUUCAUCCUCUUCCUCUCCUUCAGCGACGUCUGCGGCCCCUUCCAAAGCAACGAUGGACACCAUCACCGCCCACGCCCGCCGAUUCCCCGUCAAGGCCAUCAAAAAGGCAGUCCGUGAAGAAGAAACGCUCGUCUGCGCGAUCCGCCGAAGCGAUGGCCAAUACCUCAUCCACCGCCGGCCACUCAAAGGCCUUCUGGCUGGGCUCUGGGAAUUUCCCAGCCAACUGCUUGAGCAGUCGACGAAACCAGACAAGAGGAAGCGAGAGCAGCUAGCUAUGGGUUAUGUAUCAAGUUUGUUGGGUGGUAGCAAAGGAACAAAGAAGAAGCCGACGAGAAUAUCAUGCGCGGGAGAGCUUGGCAGUGUGCCCUGGUUAUUCUCGCACAUCAAGCUAACGAUGCAUGUGUUCUUGUUCGAAGUGGGUGACGAUGCUGAGGUGACAGGUGAUGAAGAACAGCCGAGACGGUGGGUGGCUGGUUCUGAUGUUGAUGCAGAGUCCAUGGGAACGGGGAUGCGCAAGUGCUGGGAGAUGGUAAAUAAUGCAUUGAAAGAGCUGUAG